GAAUCAACCAAGAACUCUGAUGAUAUACCAGAGCCUAUUGCAGAGCUCAAAAUGCAACUGGAGUUGGCAGGUCCUCUGGUUGUGGUCAGUUUUUUGCAGUACAGUUUACAGAUGAUAUCGGUUAUGUUCAUUGGCCAUCUCGGAGAACUCUCUCUUUCGAGUGCUUCUAUGGCUACUUCAUUUGCAGGAGUCACAGGUUUCAGCUUCAUGCUGGGAAUGGGAAGCGGAUUAGAAACGUUCUGUGGACAAGCCUACGGAGCAAAGCAGUAUCAUAUGCUCGGCAUUCACAUGCAGAGAGCUAUGCUUGUGGUCGUGCUACUGGGGAUUCCUAUAUCAGUCCUCUGGGCCUUCUCAGGAUACAUUUUAACCAGCUGUGGACAAGACUUGGCGAUUUCAACACAUGCGGGAAUAUAUGCUCGUUGGUUGAUCCCUAGCAUUUUCCCAUAUGGCAUCCUCCAGUGCCAACUCAGGUUCUUGCAGACUCAAAAUAGCGUAAAGCCAUUGAUGAUAAGCACAGGUUUUACGAGCUUAGUUCAUGUCUUGGUUUGUUGGAUUUUGGUUUCUAGACUUGGCUUUGGCAACAAAGGUGCUGCCCUGUCCAAUGCCAUCUCUUAUUGGAUCAAUGUAUUGAUUUUGGCCAUUUAUAUCAAGUUUUCGCCUUCAUGUCAGAAGACUUGGACAGGAUUUUCUAAGGAGGGUAUGAAGAAUCUUCUCAGCUUUCUAUCAUUAGCUAUUCCUUCAACUCUUAUGCUCUGCUUGGAAAUGUGGUCAUAUGAAAUUUUGGUUCUUAUGUCUGGUUUUCUUCCCAAUCCAAAGCUAGAGACCUCAAUGAUGUCAGUCAGUCUCAACACAAUUUCAUUGGUCUUCAGAAUCCCAUUUGGUUUUGGCAGUGCAGUAAGCACGAGAGUGUCAAAUGAAUUAGGUGCAGGGCAGCCACGUGCUGCACGACUUGCGGCCCGGGUUGUGAUAUUCCUGGCAGUUGCAGAGGGCUUCUUAGUGAGCUUGGUUUCAGUUUCAGUGCGAGGCGUUUGGGGCUAUCUGUACACCAAUGAGAAGGAAGUUGUAAAAUAUUUGGCUUGUAUAAUGCCAGUGCUUGCCAUUUCCAACUUCAUGGAUGGAAUUCAGGCUGUACUCUCAGGCAUCGCAAGAGGAUGUGGUUGGCAGAAGAUUGGUGCAUUUGUGAAUCUAGGAGCAUAUUACUUUGUGGGCCUUCCUUGUGCAAUUAUCUUAACUUUUGUUUUCCACUUGGGAGGAAAGGGUCUUUGGAUGGGAAUCAUUAGUGGGAGUGGUCUGCAAGCAUUACUACUUUUAGUUAUCACCUUGCGCACAGAUUGGGAGCAUCAAGCAAGGAUGGCUAGGGAGAGAGUUUAUUCUUCCAGCAUACCCACAUAUACGUCAGGGUCAUGA